UCAUUGGUGGUCUUCUUAUCGUGUAGAUAAUUUAUGGUUCACUGGAUAAGCGAAACCGAGUAGUAAGGUUGGAAGACGGCAUUUUGUUGGCUUCACAGAAGCAUCCACGUGACAAGCGGACUCUUUUUCUAUUUCCCUCCCUAGCGGUAGUGAAGGGGCUGCAACAAUGGCAGCUUCCCUAGGUGGGCGGCUUACUAGGGAUUGGCACGCAUCCAUACACAGAGAUGUGAAUUCUUUGCCAAGCAGGGAAUCAGGAAGUGUGCAACACAGAGAUCACAGGGAGGUUAUUGGUGUGAAGGAUGUGCACCUGCCGUCACUGCCCAUGGCCCCCAUCUUGGGAGAAACAGGUACUAGUACUGUAACCCACAAAGAAUCAUCCUGGCUGUUGCUCAAGCAACUGAUACAGCUCGCGAAGAAUGUGUCAAAGACUGCGGAAACUGCAAGAAGUCACAAGAAGUUUUGUGUGACACUCACGAGGCGCAUCAAAAAUAUUGUUCCUCUUCUCGAGGAGCUAAGGGAUGUGCCGUCCCCGCUUCCACACAGUGCACAGUCAGCACUCAAGUCAAUGGAGACCGUCUUCCGGAAGUCGAAGACGCUGGUGGAGGAGUGCCGAGAUGGAAGCAGGUUGUAUAUGAUUCUGAAAAGUGAAUCAGUUUUGCUCAGGUUUCAUGAGCUUACUGGAGAGCUUUGUCUCCACCUGGAAGAGUUACCAUUGCAUAUGCUGGACAUUUCAGACGAAACCAAGGAGCAGGUUGGUCUUGUGCGUGCGCAAUUGAAGAGAGCAAGGAGUGUUGUCGAUGUGAAAAACACGGUACUUUUUUCUGAACUAAAAAAUGCUGUUGAGUGUCACCAGAAGGGCCUUGGAGUUGACAUGGGCAAAAUGAAGGAAAUUCUGAGGUUGCUUGACCUGAACACACGUUCAGCGAUUGAGGCUGAAAGAAAGGUUCUUGAGAAACAUCUGCCAUCUCUGUCUCCAGGGAAGGAGGAAGAAGUUGGAGCUGUGAUGGGCCUGUUGGAGAACAUGGCACUCUGUGUGAAUUAUGAUAUGGAUGCCUCUCCUGUCGUGACUGCGUCUUCAUCUGCGCCAUCAUCAUCGUCAUCCUCAACAGCAGUGGUACCGGUUCAGCAAAGAAAGCUGCCUCCAGUUCCUCCAGAUGACUACAAGUGCCCGAUCUCGUUGGAGUUGAUGAGGGACCCAGUUAUAAUUGCAACAGGGCAGACAUUUGAGAGAGCAUACAUUCAAAAAUGGCUAGAUUCGGGGCACCGGACAUGCCCUAAGACCCAGCAGGUUCUUUCCCAUAUUGUAGUGAUACCGAACUUUGUUCUUAAGAGUCUGAUCAUGGCCUGGUGUGAUGAAAAUGGUGUGGACUUCCCUGAUAAACUGGGAGCACAAAAACCAGGCAGGUCGGGUCGGAAUUCCGCAGAGAAUGGAGAAAUUAGUGGCGACCGAUCUUUGGUCGAUGGUCUGCUGCAGAAACUUGUUUCUGGCACGACCGAGAACAAACGACAAGCAGCCGAAGAACUUAGGCUGCUUGCAAAGAGGAGCAUGGAGAAUAGGGGAAAUGGCGUGGACUUCCCUGAUAAACCGGGAGCACAAAAUCCAGGCAGGUCGGGUCGGAAUUCUGCAGAGAAUGGAGAAAUUACUGGCGACCGAUCUUUGGUCGAUGGUCUGCUGCAGAAACUUGUUUCUGGCACGACCGAGAACAAACGACAAGCAGCCGAAGAACUUAGGCUGCUCGCAAAGAGGAGCAUGGAGAAUAGGGUCUGCAUUGCACAGGCUGGUGCCAUUCCGCUCCUCGUCCAUCUUCUUAGCUCGUCAGACCCGAAAACACAGGAGCAUGCAGUCACUGCCCUGCUCAAUCUCUCUAUUAAUGAAAGCAACAAGACAGCAAUUAUGGCAGCCGGUGCAGUGCCUCCUAUUGUGGAGGUACUGAAGUCAGGAAGCAUGGAAGCCAGGGAAAAUGCUGCAGCGACGUUGUUCAGUCUUUCUGUCGGCGAUGAGAAUAAGAUCACAAUUGGGGCUUCUGGUGCUAUCCCGGCUCUCGUGGAUCUGCUGCAAGAGGGCGUCUCGCGUGGAAAGAAAGAUGCCGCUACAGCGCUUUUCAACCUUUCCAUCUACCAGGGAAACAAGACCCGAGCCAUCAGAGCUGGGAUCAUCCCACCUCUGAUGCAAUUGCUCGCUGACAGGACCACUGGAAUGGUUGAUGAGGCCCUUGCGAUGCUGGCUAUUCUUGUGACUGCCCCUGAAGGACGCUCAGCAAUAGGUCAUACGAUUGCAGUGCCCAUUCUUGUCGACCUCCUUGGAACAGGCUCGCCGAGAAACAAGGAGAAUGCUGCAGCGGUACUGCUCGCCCUUUGCCAGAGCAAUACAGAACAUGCAGAAACAGCAAUAAAGCUUGGAGCGAUCUUGCCACUCACUGCUUUGCUUCAGUCAGGAAUGCCACGUGCGAGGCGCAAGGCGAACUUGUUGCUUGGCCACCUUCAGGCCUCUGGUGCGAACCAUGCUGUAGAGCAGCGGGCCAGGUAAGAAGAUUGGCAAAGCCUGUGAACUUACCCUGACAGUUUCAUUAAACCCUGACAGGUUCAUCGAGAUAUUUGCAGAUUCAGGUUGUUCUCCUCAUGAUUGGGAGUCGAUGCUGCUGUGAUUGUGGAGGGAGCAGUUGAAGCACAAGCUGCUGGGGAUGCCGUGGUCGGGAGAUGUAUUCUGAAGGUGGUGGUGGGAGUAUGAUAGAGGAUGUUCACAGACACUCCCUGGAGUGCCAGUUAACUCUCAUCGGCAGGCGAUUCACAGACACUCCCUGAAGUUGUCCAUUGCCAGUGAUUCUGAGGUUAGCGUGCGGACUGCAACCUCACAGAGCUGUUAAAGCAAUGCAUAGAUGCCGGCGUGCUACGAGUGAAAGGGAUAUCGUGUUCAGUAGAGGACGUGAAGGGUGAGGAGAGUCAUCCUGUGUCUCGGGUCAUCUCCUGUCUUCAAAGCAGCGCAUAAUAAUGGCAGAAAAUUGACAGGUGUUAUCUCAAGGUAACAGGACAUCCCAAUAAGUCCUCAGGGUGGAGAGAGAGCCUGGAGGACUGUAGGUGAUGAUGUGUUUAGUUUGCUGCAGGUGUGGCUGUGCUGAGAUGUGUUAUUGAUCUUGUGAAAAAGUUUGACAGUGAAUUUGUGAGAAGUUGAGCGACACUUAACAAUAAGUAUGCCCGUUAUAAGUUUGACGGAGACACUUUCAGGUUUUUUCCUGUAUUCGGUCCGCACAGGGUUUUCACUUUAUGUGCAGAACUGAAGUUCUGCAUUUAUUUCGUCGUUGCACAUGACACUUUUGUGUGUAUGGCGUAUUUCUGUGCGUUUGCGU